AUGGAUGCAGAAAUUGAAGAUCUUAAAAAAGAAAUAAACGAAUUCAAAGAAAAAAAUCGACGGUUACAAUCAGAGUUCAAUGGAUUAAAUAGCUCUUUAACCAAUAAACAAAUUGACGAGAGAAUCGAAAUUGUAAAAGAAGAGAAUCAAAAAUAUGGUGAAAGGUUACAAGUAUUACAAUCAGGAACGAUACAAAUAUCUGACGAAGAAAAAAAACAAAUAGAUGAAGGAUAUGAAAAGAAUCGCAAACUAUGGAGACAAAGAAAAAGAAUGAUUAUACAGAAAAAAAGAAAACGGAUUUUAUGGUAA